CCCUGGCUGCAGUCCCGCCCUGGAGCCGGCAGGGAGCGGAGCUGCGGAGCCGCCUGGUCUCCUGCGUCCGUCGGUGCAUUCCUGCGUCCUUCCGUCCAUCUGAACGCGUACUGCAGGAGCAGCCACGAGGCAGCUCCAGCUCCAACUCUGCGGCUCUGUAGCAGACAUAGUGCCAACUCAGACCUUGCAGGUUUUGAGGGUGGCAUGGCAGCAAGCACAGAUGUAGCUGGGCUGGAGGAGAGCUUCCGCAAGUUUGCCAUCCAUGGUGACCCCAAGGCCAGUGGACAAGAGAUGAAUGGCAAGAACUGGGCCAAGCUGUGCAAAGACUGCAAGGUGGCUGACGGAAAGGCUGUGACAGGGACCGAUGUUGACAUCGUCUUCUCCAAAGUCAAGGCGAAGUCUGCUCGGGUCAUCAACUAUGAGGAGUUCAAGAAGGCCCUGGAAGAGCUGGCAACCAAGCGAUUCAAGGGGAAGAGCAAGGAGGAAGCCUUUGAUGCCAUCUGCCAGCUGGUGGCAGGCAAGGAACCAGCCAAUGUGGGCGUCACUAAAGCAAAAACAGGGGGUGCUGUAGACCGGCUGACCGACACCAGCAAGUACACCGGCUCCCACAAGGAGCGCUUUGAUGAGAGCGGCAAGGGCAAGGGCAUUGCUGGCCGGCAGGACAUCCUGGACGACAGUGGCUAUGUGAGUGCCUACAAGAAUGCAGGCACCUAUGAUGCCAAAGUGAAGAAGUGAGGCCUGGGAAGGACCCCGGCGCGGCUGCCCCCACCAGAGGCUCAGGCCUGGGCCUAAGGGGCUUGUGGAGCAAGAGAGCCUAGUCCCCUCCCUGCUGGACCUGCCACCCAGAGCUUCCUGCCCAGCCCCUCAGGGCCAGCCCACCAGGCCUCUGACCCAGACUGCUCUGUGUCCCCUUCUUCCUCUUCCCUCCUCAACUUCUGUCCGUCCUGGGACAGCAUGUGCCUAAAGCCACACCACCCCAGCCCAGCCCUGGGCAUGGCUAACCCCGGCCUGCUUGCCUCAUAUUUAAGCUGCUGCUCUGGCCAAGUGCCUAAUUCUUACCCAGACCUCAAUAAAGACACCUUUUGUACCA